AUGGGUGUAUAUUCUACCACUGGUGGUUUGUUUCCAUCAUUUUUUGAAUGCUUCUCCCAAAUUUUGUCGAGUAAGGUUUUAAGCUCACAUUCUAACAAGCAUAGUCGCAGUACUAACAAACGAAGACGGCAGCACAGCUCACAUCAUAAACGGCGGCGGAGGAAGAGGCGACCUCGUACACCAGCGCAAUCAAGCCAAAGCUCACACAAUAGUUCAACAGAUGAUGAACGGAAUAACAAUGAAACUGAGAGGAGCAAGAAACCGGAGAUUACGAUCCCGACUGAAGAGGAGUUAAAGAAAAAGUCUCCUAAAGCUUCCCUAUUGCCUAGUCAGCCCAAAACUGCAUUGUCUGAUAGCACAAAUAUCGGUGGAAUUGCAGUUAAUAAAACUUCUCCGAAUUCCAAAGAGCAUGCACCCUCUAGAUCCCCAGAAAGAUUGCACAUUGAUAAAUCCCCGGUCCCGGUGCAAUACAAGAUACAUUCUUUGUCUGUUGAAAAGUCACAAAAGCCCAUCAAGUACAAGACCCCUUCCCCUGUCUCACGUAAAUCUUCCCGCUCUACGAGAUUUGAGUCGCCAGAAAGGACGCCCUUACAAGGGAGAUCACCCACAUAUACACCGGACAGAAAGAGGUCAUCUCAACAUAGGUCAAAGUCAAGAAGUCACUCAAGGUCACGCAGUAGGUCAAAGAGAAGAAGGAGUUACUCUUGGUCACACAGUCCCUCCAGAAGCUACAGCAGGAGUGUUUCCAGGAGUCCAUCCCAGAGGAGGGAGUCCCGAAGUCCAUCCAUCCGACGGAGGAAAGGUUCCCCUAGUCACCUGGACAAACGCAGGAUAACAAGUGCCAGGAAGCGGCCAGUGCCGUACUAUCGGCCCACACCCCCCAGUCCCAGCUCUGACAGUGACGAUUCCUUCUACCACUACCAUCGCUCCAGGACUCCGACUCGACAUAGACAGAGGAGCAGGAGCAGCAGUAUACUGCACUACCGACGACGCAGCUGGAGCAUAGAUAGCGACAAGGGAAUCUGAAUCAAUUUUUCAAUCACGAAGCAUUUUGUCAAUAAAUGUAUUUAUAGUUAUUGGCCCUACAGAUUUUCGCGUUAGAUUUUUUUAAGAGUCAUUGACAAGUGAUAUCAUUUGAUUAUGAUACUUUUUAACUGCUUCAGAACCACAAGACAAAUUUCGAUCAAAAUUACCACCAAAAAAAUCAUCGGUUGAAAACAUUUACAGGAUUGUUUGAAUAAUGGGUUUGGAACCCUAAUUUUCUAAAGGAUUUGAUUGAAGGAGUGGAAGCUGCACUAUACUGCACUACAGCGAUUUUACAUGUAUUAAAUGAACAUUAUAAAGCAAAUUCAUCAUUAAAUCCACAAUAAAAAGUCCAAUUAGAAAAAAAUAAAUGUACGGAAAAUGUUUUUUAAUCUAAUAAAAAACAACAAAACAUCCAUUGGGUGCGAAUUGUACACAGAAAUACAAAAAUAGUUAAAAUACUAUUAAGAACGACAGGGCAACAAGUUGUAAAACUUUUUACAAUAUGUUUGUGAAUUGAAAAGGUUGAUAUUCUGGGCUUUAAGUUUCGGGCCACAUUUAGGAUUUUUACUGUGUUUUCCUUUUUAUUUGUUUGUUUAUUUAUUUUUUGAUUUUUACUUUAUACUGCAUUCAUAUGUAAGGAAAUUAAUCAUAGACCUCUUUUGUUGCACAAUUUCACAUCUUAGUUUUAUGUAGGUAAGCAAUAAAAUGAUUGUACAAUUUUUAUGGAGAAUAUUGAAAUUAAUAGGUUGACAUUUAUGGUUUCCUUAUAUGACUACCGGAUAUUAUUAAAUGUCAACAAUUUUUGAAGACAUGAUGCUAUUUAAAUGAACUUUUACCAAUGUUGUUUACUGAUAUAUAUGUUCAAUAAUUUACUGAUACCAAAGACCUUAGGGUACCAAUGAUUUAGAAUAUAUAUCGCCUUAUAUGGUUAUAUAUUAUAUAUAUUAAAUGGUUAUGUGCAAUAAAGAAAGGGGAUACUGUUACACAAAUAGGUAUCUGUGUCUUAUGGGAGUUCAUAUACGAAAUGAC